GUUAAAGAUCAUACUUGUUUAGCAUUAUUCUGAAUAAUUGUAUCACAGACAUAAAAUGGCUAAGCAAAACAAAGCUACUAAGCAGGCUGGUAAGCAAGCUAAGCCAGAGAAGGCUAGCGAAAAGUCGGUUGAAGAAAUCGAAGCUGACUUGCAAUUACCUUCCUCCAGUGAUGAAGAACUUUCUGCAGAAGAAGCAGGUUCCGAUGAAGAUUUAAGUGAAGAUUCUGAAGAUGAAGAUGUUUCUGAUGAAAGCUCUGUAGAAGUUGAAAUCGAAGGCGAAGAAGCACCACAGCAAGAAACCGCUGAUGCCACCACCAUACCACAAAUAACACACAAGGUCACCAAGGCUAAGCAAACCGUUACCACUUCCAAGCAAAAUAAAUCUAGAGGAGUUAUUUAUCUCGGACGUAUUCCACAUGGAUUCCAUGAAGUUGAAAUGAACAAAUAUUUUGCCCAAUUCGGUGAUAUCACCAGAUUAAGGUUAUCUCGUAACAAGAAGACUGGUAAGUCUAAGCAUUAUGGAUUCAUUGAAUUUGCCGAACACGCUGUUGCUGUGAUUGCUGCUGAAACCAUGAACAACUAUCUUUUGUUUGGACACUUGUUGAAGUGUCACGUUGUUCCAAAGGAAGACGUUCACGAUGACUUGUUCAAGGGUAGUGCCACCACAUAUAAGGCUGUUCCAUGGGCCAAGAUCUCCAAGGUUAAGCACGACUCUCCAAAGUCAAAGAUUCAAUGGGAAAGACUUUCCAAGAAGCAUGAACAAUCCAAGAAGACCAAGGCUGAUAAGCUUAAGGCCAAGGGCAUUGAUUUUGAUUUAUCCAGCAUUGUAUAGUAUAGAAAGAAGAAUAACAUGAAAAUAAGCAAA